GAGGCGGCUUGGCGGCGCCAAAAAUAUUUUGAGCUCCAGAAAGAGCUGGACAAGAAGGAAGCCCAGUGGAGGGCCGAGGACAAAGACGCCGCUGUGUCCGAAGCGGUGAUGCAGAAAGAGUUAGAUAUGAAAACUACUCUCCUUGAGGAGGCAAAAGCCAAGCUCCAGGAGCUCCAGGAUCUCCAGGUGAGGUGGGACGCCGCCGUCGGUCGGCGGGAUUCUAGCGUGGCGGCCCUCCACGCCGCCAUCGAGGAACACGAGCGGGAGGCGCGCGAAGCCGCCGAGGCGAGGAAAGAAUUCUUGGAGAAGAAGCGGAAGGAGCGGGAGGAGUGGAACCAGGGGUGGAGGAACAAUAGGCAGAAGAAGUGA